GGUGAGUUGUGCCUUAAUGAUUUCCUAUAUGACAACGUUGACUGCGGUCGGCUGUGGGAGUUGGGUGGCCAGCAAGGCAGGAGGAGAACGCCAGUCGCACAGGAUGAUGCAAGGAGGGAUCCUCGAUGAGGUUGGUGCCAUCUGCAGUCCCAUUUGGAUAUGGUCGUGUCAAGAUGCAAGUGCGUGAUAUCAUGGGCAAUGUGUGGAGCGCGCAUUAAUGGCAUGCUUUCGUUCCGUCAUUUUGACAGAGAAGCAACUGCAGAGGAAAAGGAAGCGAUGAGAUGCAGGCCACGCGAUGCACGCAUUUCUGACCCGCCACUCGGCAAUCCUGUCGAGUUGGCCCUCGCUGAAGGGAAGGUGUUUACUGGUGAGAAGCGCAUCACAUACGUCCACGUUAUGGGGAAAGAAGCCACAUUUAAUGACAUCUGUAUGGACGUAUGGGACCAUACCGCAAUGCGGAAGGAUGUCGUCGCAGCCAGUAACAUUGCGACGCAUGUGAUUCAAGAAGGGCAAUUGUACCAGCAUGUGGCCCGUGACAUGUACGGGUACCAUGUCAACUGGGUACCUGACUCUUUGCAUCCAACAGUUGUUGAUGGCAAAGUGACACUGGCAGCAAGGAUGCAAUCCGCUCAGGAGGAAGACGAAGAGGAAAACUGUGCGGAAGAAAUGUCAGAAGAAGUAGAACACGAGAGAAUGCAAGAACGAGGAGAAGGUGACAACAGUGACGGUCACCAUGAUGUCGAUGCAGAGGAGAGAAUCCGGAGGGAGAAGAGGCAGAGGGAGAGGACAGAUCCGAGGAGGGCGGAGAGGCAGAGGAAGGCAAUAGUGAAGACGAAGAAACAGAGAUUACAUCUGCUGAGAACAGUGCACAAUGCGGAACUGAUGAGAAAAAGGGACGCGCACCGGAGACUUCAUCGAAUGACAAACAAAUUGUGGAAAGGGAGAAUGUACCGCUACAGGCUGCAUUCAAGGUUCACAGAAGCUACAUAAACCCCCGAAUAAUAUAAAUAGCAACAUGGCAAGUUUUCUGCCAUCAUCAGUACGGGAGGGAAAAUAACUCUCUCUCUCUCUCUCUCUCUCUCUCUCUCUCUCUCUCUCUCUCUCUCUCUCUCUCUCUCUCUCUCUCAAACGCCAUCUCUCUCUCUCUCUCUCUCUCUCUCUCUCUCUCUCUUUCUCUCUCUCUCUCUCAUAUCAUUUAAACAACAUCUCAACAAUAUUUCAUCAUAUUUAAACAACAUUUCAACAACAUUUAAACACAUUUAAACAACUUGUAAACAACAUUACAACAACUUAUAAACAGCUUAUCAACAACUUUUCAUCAAUUGACAAAGUGUUUAACAAAGUGUCACAUGUUAU